AUGUCUUCUGGCAACGAUAACAACAACAACCCGAACCUCCUUGGAGGCGUCGGCGAUACCCUAGGAAAGACCGUGGGCGGACUCGGUGACACUGUUGGAAGCACUGUGGGAGGACUCGGAGACACUGUGGGAAACACUGUGGGCGGACUCGGUCAGACUGCCGGCGGUGCGACUCAGGGUCUUGGAAAGACUGUUGGCGGUGCCACUGAAGGCCUGGGCAACACAACCCGGGGCGUCGGACAGUCGACUGGAGACAUCCUUAGCAGCAUCAAUGGCGACAGAUCCGGUGCGAAUGCUGAUCGGAAGUAA